GAGGGGGGCGAUUGAACCCGGAAUUCCCUGGGGAUUUCUGUGGAUUCACAAGUAGGAAACUACCUCAGAGCGUACAUCCUGAUUCCACUUUUGCAAACUCCACGGAGGCGCACACACCACGGACCUCUCCAGCACUUUUCCACAAGUAUGGGGUCCACGCAAGUGGUGUUCUGGGCUUUGUUCAUUCUUCAUGCCUGCGGAUCACAGAAAGUUAAACGACAAAAGGAGACAGAGUUCGUGGACAAGUAUGGCACGUGUCUCCAGGGUCCUCCUGGUAACCAGGGAAGGGAUGGGAACCCGGGGGUGAAUGGCAUCCCAGGCACCCCAGGUAUCCCUGGACGCGAUGGCUUGAAAGGAGAGAAGGGCGAGUGCGUGAACGAGCGGUUUGAGGAUCCGUGGAGACCAAACUUCAAGCAGUGUGCCUGGAACUCACUCAACUAUGGCAUUGACCUGGGGAAAAUUGCUGACUGCACGUUCACCAAGCUUCGCUCGGACAGUGCCCUGCGCGUGCUGUUCAGCGGCUCGCUGCGGCUCAAGUGCAAGGCGGCCUGCUGCCAGCGCUGGUACUUCACCUUCAACGGCGCCGAGUGCACCGGGCCGCUGCCCAUCGAGUCCAUCAUCUACCUGGACCAGGGCAGCCCCGAGCUCAACUCCACCAUCAACAUCCACCGGACGUCAGCAGUGGAAGGGCUUUGUGAGGGGAUUCCUGCUGGCUUGGUGGACGUGGGCAUUUGGGUGGGCACGUGCGCAGACUAUCCGAAAGGAGACGCGUCGACUGGCUGGAACUCCGUCUCUAGGGUGAUCAUCGAGGAGCUCCCCAAAUGAUCCCGUCGUUCCUCCACAAGUCCCUCUCGCUGUCCUCUCUGACUUUAAAGUUACAGACAGACAGUGAAACGAGAGAGCUUGAACACCAACCAGUCUACCGGCUGUAUUCCAAGCUUUUCUACUUUCAUGUAGAGAGGAAACUGCAUUAAAGUAUACCUCUAUAAUCAGACCGAACUCACCCAAUUUUAGUACACCACAAUUUUCCAAUUAAGAACCUCUUAAACCAAAUUGCAGCCUGACUUAGCUUUGCACAGGAGACAUCACGUCCCUGACUCAGGAGGACGAGCGGCACUUAUUGCCUCCAGUCUCCUGGCAACAGAAUUUUUACAUUUUCAAAUAGUAAUAAAAUAGGACUAUUAAUUACCUCCGGUUUCAACACUCCUGGUGUCACUGAUGGCAGUCGCAUCGAUGCAUGACUUUUAACAGGUCUGCUUUUUAAAAAUCUUAUGUCAGAUAUUUAGACAUUCACGUUUUUUUUUAUGUGAGGAAACUUGAGCCAGUGGAAGGGGCGUCAGUGUGAAAUAUCUCACUGUAUCUGUGUAUAUGACUGCUCGGUCCAAAUGGAACUGUGUUGACACAUGGUUCUGUUCUGUGUAAUCUGCUGGGGAGAGGGUACAGGAACACCUCCAGGGAAAGUGGGCCCUCCGUGAAGGAGGGAUGGAGGCAGGAUCUGUUUUCUUUACUCCAUCCAACAGCGACUUUUAUGGUGCUCAGUGAUGUUUGCAUGGUUUAGACAAGUGGUUACAUUCUUUUCUUUUCACUCAUUUUUUUCUAUAUCUUUUAAAUAGGACGACUGUUGUCUGCGCUAUGCAGGGGUAUGCAGUAAUCUGUGUUUUUUUUAUGGGGCUUUCAAUGCUUCACGGUGCUUAUAUCAUGUCCCUAAAAUUGCCUGAAGGAACAAAGAAGUGAAACGAAUACAAUGUUAAUUGUGUUUGUCUUACUUGCUGGAGGACCUGUGUUUGUCCCAACCUCUUCAUUUUGUUCCGCUGAACCGGUGACCUCUAAAUCCCUGCAUAUGUUUAACAUUCCUCCGUGGCCAUUGUCAAAAUGUUUUUAUAGUAUUUAUAUGUAGAGCUUUAGAAAAUAAAGCCCAUUUUUUACACAAC